AUGGUCCUCGGACGCUUGGUGUGCUACCGGGAUGUAAAUGCCUCGAAUAUUUGUCAGGCGCUAUUGAAUUAUGAAGUGAGUGGAGCAGUUAGCAUUGGCAACAUAUGGCUUGGAGCAAAUGUACUGACAUCAAUGAACACCCAGCCUUCCUGCCUCUUGGGCAUCGGCAUGAUCAUGAACCAGGACUGGGAGGCAGAUUGCAAAGAUUAUGCUGCACCCGGCGCUGCUUUCCCUUGGAGUAAUGUGGUAUGUGGAACGCGGGUGUUUAUGGGUUUUGCGUGCAGCAUCUCCCGUAUGAGUUGGCACGUUCCAGAUGAACUCAAGAAGGAAGUGACCAUAGAAAUGGUCCGCACGAUCGGCUUGAUAGAAGCUCUUGUUACUGGAGUUCAAGGCGGAACGCUUGAAGAAGCACUCGCCUUCGGGGAACGCCAGAGCCAUGUUUCCGAGUCGGAAUUUGAUAAAGAGAUGAUAAUCUGA